AUGUCGAAGUUCGAUCAGAAAGCGACCACUAAGUCUGGCAAGCCUGGGCAAAUCAGUGAUGAGAGCAUCACGCUUCCCAAUGUCCGCGGUCGCAUCCCAUCUCUCCAGGCAUCUCGCCUGCGCACAAUGAUGCUCGAAGCCUACCGCGACCCAUCCAAGAUCCUCGCACACGCCUGCAGCUACGAUGGCCUAUCUUCUCGUCUUGUUGAGGAAGCCGGCUUUCCCAUGAUUUUCCUCGCCGGUUACCCUUGUGCAAGCUCUUACGGACUACCCGACACAGGCUACAUUGCUAUGGCAGAAAUGUGCGACAAGAUCCAGGAGGCGGUGCGACAGGUGACGGUGCCAGUCAUGGCCGAUGCAGAUACAGGAUACGGUAGCCCUAUGAACGUCAAGCGCACAGUGCAGUGCUUUGCCGAAGCUGGCGCAGCUGGCAUUAUGAUUGAGGACCAGACUUGGCCGAAGAGGUGUGGCCACACUAAGGGAAAGGCUGUUGUCUCACGAGGCGAGGCUUUUGCGCGUGUGCAGGCUGCCUGUGAUGCUCGAAAUGAGGGCAAGGAUAUAUUCGUACUUGCGCGCACUGACGCACUCAUCCUUGGCUGGGACGAGGCUAUGACACGUGCCCGGGAGUUCAAGCGUAUCGGUGUCGAUGCCGUCUUCGUUGAAGCCCUGCCUGAUCGUCAGGCCAUGAGCAAGUGCGUUGAGGAACUAGACAUGCCAGUCUUUGCAAACAUCAUCGAGGGCGGCUUGACGCAGAACUUGUCCGCUAAGGAUCUUGCCAACCUCGGAUUCUGUGCUGUGGCUUAUCCGUGGACACUCGUUGCCGCGAAGUUGAAGAGCAUCCGUGAGACUUUGGAGGCGCUAAAGAAGAGCAUGACUGAAGGCGCUCCACCCAUGAUACUGUCAUACUCUGAGGUUUGUGAGGGCGUGGGCUUUAAUCGGAUGAGGAGGAACGAUACAAAUACAGUGAAGAUGGACUCAUAA